AUAAAUGGGAUGCUUUAAUUAUUUAUAUGGUGUCCACAAAGCUAGAUAGCACCACUAGUAGAAAGUGGGAAGAAUUAAAAAAUGGGUAGACAUCGGCCUAUAUUACAAAGCUCUAAGUUAGGCUGGCUAGUAACUGGCCCUAUAGGAAUAGGACAGUCUAAUUUGUCACAUGAAAAUUCAUAUAUUAAUGUUUUAAAUUGUAGUAUUAUAAAGGAUGAUAUUCAUGAUUCAUUACAAAGAUUUUGGGAGGUAGAAGAAUUGCCUUCAAAUAAAAUAUCUUACACGCUUGAAGAACAAGCAUGUGAAAACAGUUUUAAACAAAAUACAAGUCGCUUGCCAAGUGGUAGGUUUUUAGUUAAAAUGCCACUGAAAGAAUCACCAGAGGAAGCAUUAGGUGAUUCAUAUAAUAUUGCCAAAAGGCGUUUUUUUAGUUUAGAAAACAAGUUAGAUAAGAAUCCUAAUAUUAAGAAACAAUAUGUAGAUUUUAUUAAAGAAUAUUUAGAUUUAGGUCAUUUGGAAGAAAUAGAGCGUCCAAGGUUCGGUAAUUAUUUACCUCAUCAUGCAGUAUUGCGUGAAAAAAGCGAAACAACAAAGUUAAGGGUAGUUUUUGAUGCCUCAGUAAAAACAACCUCUGGAAAAUCACUAAAUGAUAUCCAGAUGAUAGGUCCAGUAAUACAAAAUGAUUUAUUUAAUAUUAUGGUAAGGUUUCGUACUCACAAAUUUGUUUUAACCGGUGACAUAGAGAAAAUGUAUAGACAAAUUUCUAUUGAUGAGUCACAACGUCAUUUACAAUUAAUUUUGUGGAGGGAAGAUACAUCUCUACCACUUAAAGUUUUACAAUUAAACACUGUAACAUAUGGUACAGCUUCAGCACCUUUCCUAAGUACUAGAUGUCUAUUGCAAUUAGCUGAAGAAUGUACAGAUAUGUCUAUUGCUAAUAUAAUUAAGAAUGAUUUUUAUUAUGAUGACCUAAGUACUGGAGCAUCUACAGAAGAUGAACUAUUGAAAAUCUAUAACUCUGUGACUGAAAUAUUAAGUUCAGCAUCAUUCCCAUUACGCAAAAUACGCACUAAUUGUCCAAAAAUAUUUGAAAAUGAUGUAAAUAAUAAUACAUUAAAUCUAACUAAACAGUCAUGUGUACUAGGGUUGAAUUGGUCACCUACAGUAGAUUUGUUUACAUUUCCUAUAGACAUAAAUAUAGAUUCAUUAAAUAUUACUAAGAGAACAAUAAUAUCUACAACUUGUAAAAUCUUUGACCCUUUAGGUGUCUUGUGUGCAUGUAUCAUUACUGCCAAAAUAAUAUUACAACAAUUAUGGAGCGCUAAGAUAGUCUGGGAUGAUUCAGUACCUGAUGAUAUUAAGAAUUCUUGGAUUAAAUUUACAAAAAACCUUUCAGAUCUAUCAAACAUAAAAUUGGAAAGAAAUGUUAUCUGUGACUUGCCAAUAUCAGUAGAGCUGCAUUGUUUUGUAGAUGCAUCACAGAAUGCAUAUAGUGCUUGUGUUUAUUUAAGGACAACUAAUAAUAAUAAUCAAAUUACAGUUAAGCUGUUAUGUUCCAAGGCUCGAGUGGCUCCAUUGAAGCCAACCACCAUACCUCGCUUGGAGCUGUGUGGUGCCUUACUCGGAGCAAGGUUAUGUGCAAAAGUUUUAGAGUCACUACGUUGUAAUAUUAUCAGUAAAACUAUUUGGACCGAUUCAAUGGUAGUACUUGGUUGGCUAAAGGUUCAAUAUAAGCAUCUAAAACCUUUUGUUCGUAAUAGAGUAAAUGAGAUCAAUGAAAUUACAGCAGACUAUUCAUGGCGACAUGUGCCUACUGACUGUAACCCUGCUGACCUAGCCUCAAGAGGUGUAACUCCACAACAGUUGCAGUCCUCAUCCUUGUGGUGGGAGGGACCUUCAUUUCUUAGAAGGGACCCAAGUGAGUGGCCUCAGCAAGGUGUACCAAAUUUAGAAUUACCAGAACUUAAAGUAAUGGUUACUAGUAUAGACACUAAUUUCUUAGAUUUUACUAGAUAUUCAAAUUUUACUAAACUUAAAAGAAUUAUGGCCUAUGUUCAUAGAUUUGUUAAUAAUUUUAUUUGCAAAUAUAGUAAAAAUAAAAACUUUAAUAAGCUAACAGGUUGUCUUAGCACAGAUGAACUUUGUAAUUCCCUAAAAACAUUAAUUAGGAGUUGCCAAGUGCAAUCAUUUUCUUGCGAAUUAAACACAAUUAAAACGAAUAAAGAACUGCAUCACAAAUCCAAAAUGCUACCACUAAAACCAUUCAUAGAUGAAGAUGGUAUACUUAGAGUGGGUGGUCGUAUACAAAAUACAAAUUACAAUUUUGAAAAAAGACAUCCAAUUAUACUUGAUGCCAAACAUAGUUUUACUAAAUUACUUAUGAGACAUGAGCAUUUAAGGUUAUUUCAUGCCGGACCACAACUACUUUUAUCUUCUAUAAGAGAAGAAUAUUGGCCUAUAGGUGGUAGGAACUUAGCUCGUAGUAUUUUAAGAAAAUGUGUAGUAUGUAUACGAUUUAAAGGUAAAACACUUCAACCUAUAAUGGGUAACCUUCCUAAUGUAAGGACAAAUCCUAGUUUUCCUUUUUAUUCAUGUGGAACAGAUUUUGCAGGUCCGUUCAUGAUUUCAAGUAGAAAAGGUAGAGGUAGUCGAGUAUCAAAAUGUUACCUUUGUUUAUUUGUUUGUCUUACAACUAAAGCUGUUCACUUGGAGCUCGUUAGUGACCUUACUACUCAAGGUUUUUUAAUGUGCCUUAGGAGAUUUGUUUCGAGAAGGGGAAAACCUUACGAAAUUUAUUCAGAUAAUGGAAAAACAUUUGUAGGGGCUAACAAUGAAUUGGGUAGAGUGCUUAAGUCUAGUCGCGAGGCUGUGACAGAGUAUGGCAGUACUGAAGGCAUUAGAUUUAAAUUUAGCCCUGCAUAUUCACCUCAUUUUGGGGGUAUUUGGGAAGCUGGGGUUAAAUCAUCCAAACAUCAUCUUAAGAGAAUAGCUGGCAACGCAGCCUUAACAUUUGAGGAACUUGCAACGUUGUUCACACAAAUAGAGGCUAUCCUAAAUUCCCGUCCCCUAUCUCCUCUCUCAUCCGACCCAACCGAUCUUCUACCCUUAACCCCUGGGCACUUCCUAAUCGGGCGGCCACUCAAGUCGGUGCCGUCCUUGCUAAUUGAAAAGUCUAGAGCUAACAGAUACGAGCGUAUAGAGCAGCUGCGGCAACAGUUUUGGGAGCGAUGGCGCCGAGAGUACCUCGCCGAACUCCAACAGAGGACCAAGUGGCGGAGACCAGACCGGGAACUCAAAGUAGGCGACUUGGUCAUCCUCAAAGAAGACAACCUACCUCCAUUAUGCUGGCGACUAGGCCGCAUAACCAAACUUUACCAAGGACCAGAUGGCGUCAGCAGAGUCGCCGACGUCCUCACAUCGAGAGGGACUGUCAAGAGGGCAGUCCACAAGUUUUGCAUCAUACCUGGAGAUGACAUCGACCCAAAUUCAACUGCUUGAUAGCUGUGCUAUCAAGGCCCGGGAGGAUGUUAACGCGCACACUGUGCAGGCGCGCCAAACCGAUCCACCGUGCAGCACGAGAAGGGGAUGCGGGACGCGCGGGAGGAGGGCCGCUGGCCGCGUCGCUUCGCCGGGGCCGCGCGCCGGUCUCUUUCGCCAUCGGCACCGGACGAGUGCACACGUCGUGAUUAACCUAAUAUUUUUGUAUAACGCCAAUCGCCACACGUCGUAACUAUGAAACCUAUGUAACUAAUUACUUUCUUAAGAAUAUAAGCAGUUUGUACCAGAGG